AGCGCAUUCGAAAAAAAAUUCAACGAAAAAAAAGUCGCAGCGCGAUGUUUGACUGGCGGCUCGUGCAGUUUUUGUUUAUUUUUUUUAAGUUCAAAUAAUACGUACGGCGAAUAAGUGCAGAAAUAUUGAUUAAAAGUGUUAACAAAUAAGCGACUCGAAAAACAAACGAAGGAGAUAACCGACACGAAAGACACGACAAAGCAACGCUGAAAAAUGAUCGUACAGCCGUAAUAUAUGCCGAUUUGUUGGUAGGAUCAAAACAAAUUCGAGAAGGUGGCAGCAGAAAAUGAAAAUCAGACAUUCAGCUGAAUAAAAUAUGCCGAAUAAAUGGUGUUUUGCUUGUGUUUGAGCUUGGCAUUUCGUUUUUCCUUUUGUUACGGCGUUUCCGCUGAUCUUGGCCCGUUGUUGUUUUUACCUUUUUCGCGUUGUUGUAACUCGUUUUUGUGUGAGCGCGCGUGUAUGAAUCACACAAACACAGGCAAAAACAAUAACAACGCGGCGGUGACGGUGAAAUAUGCUAAAACAAAAAGCAAUCUAGAUAGCAAAACGCAAAAUAAAUAACAAGGAAAACCAAAAAGAGAGUUACGAAAUAGAGGCAUCCUGGAAUUUUUGAUAGAGCCCAACAGAGCAGCACAGCACACAUACUAGAGCACUGUGCGCCAGAGGGGGACAGCAAGAGCGCCGCGCACGUACAGCUGUCAAGUGCGGCGAUCCUUUCCGCAGGCACGCAGCCAUCCUGCUCGCACUCAUGCCGCCACCCUAGACCAACUUUGGAUGCAGCUGCCUAACAAACGGAAGACUACAAAAACACAAAGCGGGAGAGCGAGCGAGCGCGAGAGAGGGAGCUAAAGAAGAAGCAGAGGAGGCAAAGGAGAUGCAGCAUCAUGUUGCGGUCGCAACAACAACAACAACAAACACAGCUUACGGCUGUAGGCAGGCGAGCAUAAAAAAAUAGUUGGAAAAUUCGAAAAUUUCAAAGAAAAUCAAAAUAAAUCGAGCAAUAAACGUAAUAUAAUUUAAUCGCGUGUGUUAGUUAUGUGCAAAAUAGAAAGUGCAUUGCAGCGAUAAAUCUUUAACGAAAAUUUAAGUAAAAAUCAUUAAUUAAAAAAUACAAAUUAACAAAAAGGCCAACCAUGAAGGUCACUGUUUGUUUCGGCGACGUUCGCAUUCUGGUUCCCUGCGGUUCCGGCGACCUCUUGGUCAGCGAUUUGGUCAAGGAGGCAACGCGUCGCUACAUCAAGGCAGCAGGAAAGCCCGAUUCCUGGGUGACAGUGACACAUCUGCAAACCCAGUCAGGCAUCCUCGAUCCGGAUGACUGUGUGCGGGAUGUGGCCGAUGACCGGGAGCAGAUACUCGCUCACUUUGAAGACCCUGGACCGGAUCCGGGCGUUGCCCAGGGCGGCGGUGACGGAGCCUCUGGCAGCUCAUCUGUGGGCACUGGUUCACCGGACAUUUUCCGUGAUCCCACCAACACCGAGGCGCCCACCUGUCCCCGUGACCUGUCCACACCGCACAUCGAGGUGACAAGUACCACCUCUGGUCCAAUGGCUGGCCUGGGCGUGGGCCUAAUGGUACGUCGCAGCAGUGAUCCCAACCUGCUGGCCUCCCUCAAGGCGGAGGGCAGCAACAAGCGUUGGUCGGCGGCGGCACCUCACUAUGCCGGCGGCGGUGAUUCACCCGAGCGCUUGCUGCUGGACAAGGCCGGUGGGCAGUUGUCGCCGCAGUGGGAGGAAGAGGACGAUCCCAGUCAGCAGCUAAAGGAGCAGUUGCUACACCAGCAGCCGCAGCAUGCCGCGAAUGUAAAUGGGACAGCAGCGGGUAAUCAUCAGCCAUUCGCCCGUUCCGGUCGCCUGUCCAUGCAGUUUUUGGGCGAUGGCAACGGCUACAAGUGGAUGGAGGCGGCCGAGAAGCUGCAGACCCAACAGCCGGCCCACCAGCAGGCCUACCAGCAGUCGUCAUCCUCGUCGUCGGGCAUGCUCGGUGCUUACUCCAGCAAGUCCCUGCCCAGGGAGACUAAGAGGAAGGAGCCGCUGGGCCAGGCCUAUGAGUCGAUCAGGGAGAAGGAUGGCGAGAUGCUGCUGAUCAUCAACGAGUACGGUAGUCCGCUGGGACUCACUGCUCUGCCGGACAAGGAGCAUGGCGGCGGUCUGCUGGUGCAGCAUGUAGAGCCCGGGAGUCGUGCGGAACGAGGCCGGCUGCGUCGCGAUGAUCGCAUUCUGGAGAUCAAUGGGAUCAAACUGAUUGGACUCACCGAAUCUCAGGUGCAGGAGCAACUGCGACGCGCCCUGGAGAGCUCCGAGCUAAGGGUGAGGGUGCUCCGAGGCGACCGAGGCAAUCGUCGCCAGCAGCGCGACUCCAAGGUGGCCGAAAUGGUGGAGGUGGCCACGGUAUCUCCAACCCGCAAGCCUCAUGCCGCUCCCGUGGGCACCUCGCUGCAGGUGGCCAACACCCGUAAGCUGGGCCGCAAGAUUGAGAUUCUGCUCAAGAAGGGCCCCAAUGGCCUGGGCUUCUCGGUGACAACGCGUGACAAUCCCGCCGGUGGCCAUUGUCCCAUCUACAUUAAGAACAUACUGCCGCGUGGCGCUGCCAUUGAGGAUGGACGUCUUAAGCCCGGAGAUCGCCUGCUGGAAGUGGAUGGCACUCCCAUGACGGGCAAGACCCAAACGGAUGUGGUGGCUAUUUUAAGGGGCAUGCCAGCAGGUGCCACUGUGCGAAUUGUGGUCUCUCGGCAGCAGGAGUUGGCCGAGCCAGCGGCGGGUGGUGAACAAUCCACGGAGAAAAGUACCUCCUCUGUGCCGGCACAGGUUAAUCCUGCUCCUGUUCCUGUGCAGAAAUCAAGCAGUGCCAGGUCCCUGUUUACCCAGCACCAACAGCAGCAGCAGCAGCAGCAGCUGCUCAACGAAUCUCAGCACUUUAUCGAUGCGGGCAGUGAGUCAGCAGCUUCCAAUGACAGCCUUCCGCCCAGCAGCAAUAGCUGGAACUCCCGCGAGGAGCUGACCCUCCACAUUCCCGUCCAUGAUACGGAAAAGGCCGGCCUGGGUGUCAGUGUCAAGGGCAAGACUUGCUCGAAUUUGAAUGCCUCCGUCUCGAGUGCCACCUCCGGCGGCAGCAAUGGCCAGCAGCUGAUGAAGCACGACGGCGACCUGGGCAUAUUCGUAAAAAAUGUGAUCCAUGGCGGUGCUGCCUCUCGGGAUGGACGCCUGCGUAUGAACGAUCAGCUGCUGAGCGUGAAUGGAGUAUCGCUGCGUGGCCAGAACAAUGCCGAGGCCAUGGAGACGCUGCGUCGGGCAAUGGUGAAUACGCCGGGCAAGCAUCCGGGCACCAUUACCCUGCUGGUGGGUCGCAAAAUUCUGCGCUCGGCCAGCUCCAGUGACAUACUAGAUCACAGUCACAGUCACAGCCAUAGUAAUAGCAGUAGCGGUGGCAGUAAUUCCAACUCCAAUGGAAAUAGCAAUAACAAUAAUAGCAGCUCCAAUGCCAGCGAUAAUUCAGGAGCCACGGUCAUCUAUUUGAGUCCGGAGAAGCGGGAGCAGCGCUGCAAUGGCGGUGGAAGUGGAGGCGGGGCUGGCAAUGAGAUGAACAGAUGGAGCAAUCCCGUUUUGGAUCGUCUAACCGGUGGCAUUUGCUCCUCCAACUCAGCUCAGCCAUCCCAGCAGAAGCUCCAGCAGCAGCAGCAGCCGCACCAUCCCUCGCAACAGCAGGCACAGUCUUCGCAUCAGCAGCGUCGCCUGCCGCCGGCUCCCUUAAGCAACAAUGCAGCGCUGCGGAACGAGAGCUACUACAUGGCCACCAACGAUAACUGGUCGCCGGCACAGCUGCAUCUGCUCACGGGCCAUGGCAAUACGGCGCUGCUCAUCGAGGACGAUGCCGAGCCCAUGUCACCAACCCUGCCGGCGCGUUCGCACGAUGGACAGCACUGCAACGCGAGCAGCGCCAACUCAUCGCAACCGAUGACGACCACCGCCGGCAAUCAAGGUGGACCGUCGGCCAUUGUCCCGGGCACUCCUUCAUCGUCCAGCAACUUUGAUGCCACCUAUUCGUCGCAGCUCAGCUUGGAGACCAACUCGGGGGUGGAGCACUUCUCGCGCGAUGCCCUGGGACGCCGCAGCAUCUCGGAGAAGCAUCAUGCAGCGCUGGAUGCCCGGGAGACGGGCACGUAUCAGCGGAACAAGAAGUUGCGCGAGGAGCGGGACCGCGAGCGUCGCAUUCAGCUGACCAAGUCGGCUGUAUACGGCGGCUCCAUUGAGUCGCUAACGGCUCGUAUUGCCAGUGCGAAUGCCCAGUUUAAUUCCGGCUAUAAGCAUGCCAAGACUGCGUCCAGCAUUGAGCAAAGGGAGUCGCAGCAGCAGUUGGCUGCUGCGGAGGCGGAGGCCCGCGAUCAGCUGGGUGAUUUGGGUCCAUCACUUGGCAUGAAGAAGUCCUCGUCGCUGGAGUCGCUGCAGACGAUGGUGCAGGAGCUGCAGAUGUCGGAUGAGCCGCGGGGACAUCAUGCUCUGCGGGCACCGCGUGGUCGCGGGCGGGAGGAUAGCCUGCGAGCGGCGGUGGUCAGUGAGCCAGAUGCCAACAAGCCCCGCAAGACCUGGCUGCUGGAGGAGGGCGACCACGAAGGUGGCUUUGCCUCGCAGCGCAAUGGACCCUUCCAGAGUUCCCUGAACGAUGGCAAGCAUGGCAGCAAAUCGUCGCGGGCCAAGAAGCCGAGCAUAUUGCGCGGCAUUGGGCACAUGUUCCGCUUUGGCAAGAAUCGCAAGGAUGGCGUGGUGCCAGUGGAUACCUAUUCGGUGGCCAUAUCGCCGCCCAGUUCGGUGGUUUCAUCAGCCACCUCCCCGCAGCAGCAGCAGCAGCAGCAUCAACAUGUGCCCAAAAUGAUGCAAGUACCCACUGCUGCUUUGGCCGCUCUGGAGCGUAAUGGCAAGCCGCCGGCGUAUCAGCCGCCGCCACCUCUACCAGCUCCCAAUGGGGUGAUCGGUGCUUCAUCGCAGCUAAAUGGUGGCAUCCACCAGAACGACAUCUUCAACCAUCGCUAUCAGCAUUAUGCCAACUACGAGGAUCUGCAGCACCAGGAGCAGCAGCAGCAGCAGCUUCAUCAGAUAAGUCGAGGCGAUUCCAUCACAUCCAUUUCGGAAACGCUUUCGGAGUCAACGCUCGAAUGCAUGCGACAGCAGGUGAUCCGGCAGCGCAUCAAGGUGGAGGCAGAAAGUCGCCGACAUCAGCAUUACCAUUCGCAGCGCAGCGCCCGCUCCCAGGACAUUAGCAUGCAUUCGACCAGCUCUGGCUCCCAGCCAUCCUCCGCCCAGCCGCAGUCGCAGGCCAACGGCAUGCGUCCCAUGAGCAGCUACUACGAGUACGAGACAGUGCAGCAGCAGCGGGUGGGUAGCAUCAAGCACAGUCACAGCAGCAGUGCAGCCUCCUCGUCCUCGUCGCCCAUCAAUGUGCCGCAUUGGAAGGCGGCGGCCAUGAAUGGCUACUCGCCGGCUAGCUUGAAUAGCAGCGCCCGCAGUCGGGGACCCUUUGUUACCCAGGUGACUAUACGCGAGCAGAGCGGCAUACCGGCGCACUUGCUUCUCCAGCAGCAGCAGCAGCAGCAGUCACAGCAGCAGCCCACCUACCAGACCGUGCAAAAGAUGUCCGGACAGGCUCAGUACGGCAGCACCGCUGGCUCUCAGCCGCACGCCUCGAAGGUGUGACUAUAGGUGCUGGCGCAUGCGCGCGCCACACGCGAUGUGCUCGCUAAAAGCGGACCAGGUUCUGGCUCGGGAUCGAGAUCGGAAUCUGGUGACCAAGGGGCCAUUCUCAGCGAGGUUACCGAGGAGGUGGAGGUCUUCUACUACGCCACCGAGUGCUGAGCUUUCAUCUAAAUAUAUUUAAGAAAAACUAUUGUACACACACACACACACACACAUUUGUAAACACCCCCAGGGGUGGGUUAAAAUCAUCAGAAUAAUCCGAAUAAUAUAUGUGAAAUUGUGGUUUAUUGUCGAUUAUAAAUCCCUAGAUAUAUCAUUUUGUAAGUCGAUAGUUUCGAGGUGCAAUAUAUGUACAUUUUUGUGAACCUCUCGAGAACCAAAUGGCAAAUAUUUAAUUGUAUCUACUGGAAUAUAAACCAUCACUAUAUGUAAUUCGUGAUAUUUUUCUAAGCCACGAAACAUUAUAUAUACUUUAUACACUUGAUUAUCGACAGAAAGAGAGUAAAUAAUCAGCGAGUAAUUUGUUUUUAGAUCUGAACACGAAUUCAAAACAAUUUCACAUCCACCCUGACGCAUCUAGGCUAAGUUAAACAUAAAUCACAAGAUAAAUAUAAUGUAGAAGGAAGCCAAGAGAGUAACGAGUAACGAGUAGCAAGUAACAUUGAUAGUAUUCCCUUGUAAAGUGCGACGACCCAUAAAUCACAACGUAAAUAAUUUCGAAGGAGCACCCGAAGCCGAAGCCAAGAGAGUAACGAGUAACGAGUAGCAAGUAACGAGUAACAUUGAUAGUAUUCCCUUGUAAAGCGCGACGACCCAUCCAGUGUCCGUCUGCUUAGCUUAGAUUUAAUUGUUCAUAAUGGAAAUGCAAUCCGUUAAUCAUCUUAAAGUCUAAGUCUAAGUCAAACCGCCUUUGUAAAUAGCAUAAUAAGUAACGCAAAAGCCAGAAACCACAUUCAAAAUUAUACACAAAAGAAUGAAUGAUUUGAGAAUGAUUCUCUCCCUCGAUAUAUAUUCUGUAUUCAUUUUUUUUAUGUUUCUCUUUUAAUUUGUACAUAGAAACUUGUUUGUUUGUUUUUCUUCUUUUUUUUUGUGUUAGCUUUAAGGCGGACGCCAUUUUGUGUGCAAACAGUGAGGAAAGUAAAACUUGGAGCCACCCGCAUCAUAUACAUGUAGGCUAUAUGAAUGUAGAGUGAAUUAUCUAUUUUUUUUCUAUCCAUACAUAACUAUAAAUAUAUAUAUAUAUAUAAAUAUAGAAAAGCAAGUUUAGUGAUUGGUGAAUUUGUGCAGCCGACCUCUAGGCUUCCGGAGGUCCCUAAAAAGACAGGCUUAACUUAGUUAUACGAACCAUUCGAUUACCCACAUAGCUAGCGCCUAAGCCUAUAUGUAUAGCGAAUAUAUAUCUAUAUAUAUAUAUACGAUAUACUAUAAUUUUGUAUAAUCCUUAAGAGUAAUUUGUGCGAAUUAAAAGCUAAACAUUUCCAUAAACACAAAAAAAA